GAAACUGGUCACAAUAGGAAGGGAGCUGGAACCUUUUUAGUGCCGAUGAACGGCGGAAUAUGGACCAUGUGCGUGUCUCUGGAAGAGGAAGAAGUACGAAUGCUGUCAAGAGUCGGGUUCCCCACAGAACCGCUGUGCACAAAUUACUUAGCGGAGAGCGAUGAUGAGGAGCCUCGGGCAGAUUGGCAACAUCGGAUGCAGAACCUAUCAAUAUCGUGUGCGCUCGUGUGUCUAAUCGUGCUGGGCAGCGCGGCUCUGGUCGGCGCGUUCGGGAUAUGCAAGCACCAGAUCAGCGCCGUCCUCAUUACAGGAGUCAUGUACCUUUUGGCUGGUCUCUUCGCAAUGUUUACUUUGAUGAUCAUCCACUUCAAGAGAAUCCAGCGGGUGUCCACCCGAGGCAGUUCCCACGGGGAUCACACAGGGGACGGAGUGAUAGGCCCUCAGGCUCCUGCCCUCUCCCUCUUAUCAGCUAGGGAGUUCUCUACCGCCUGGUCACUAGAUCUAGGCUGGGGAGGCGUCGCAUUGGCCACCACGACCUCUUUAUUAUGGAUACUGCUCUCGAAAAUCAUGAGGUAUAACCCCCUGUCUGCCAUGCUGCUGUGAAUGGGUAGGGUAAGAAGGUGACAACGUCAGAAGUCUACAGAACGAGUAAUUUGGUAACAGUAUACAAGUGAUGUACACACACAUAUGAAGUUUCGAUACACAAAAACUGACAUCCUCUCUAAAAAAAGAUGCAACUUUAUGUUAUGAAGAAAAAAUACCCUAUCGGAUCACCAGAACGGAUUUAGGUUUAAAUUACUCGUAAGUAGACUAUCCUUUUGACACAAGAAACAACGAAAAGCACGUGGAUUUAACACUACAAAAGCUACGUAAAAAUAAAGAAAUACCCCGAGGAGUGAAAAUAUGGACCAGUGUGUAUGGCGUUGUCUUAAAACAGUUGGAUUUUUUUUUACUAAUAGAUAGUCAAUUAAGCGAUUUUAAAAUUGUCAAAACUACAAAUGCAGUCAAUUCAAUUUUAAAAGCCUCGGGAAGAUCUCAUCUGACCAUUGUUUUUAAGAUGUUUCCAGCCAUGCUUUCAUUCUUAUUCCUGCAGAUUUUUAAUACUAAAGUCCUGUGAAAUACAAUACCAUUAUUUUUAAUGUCAAGUCCUACGCUUUAAACAAAUAACUUGUUAUAGUAAUAACUAUAGGUCUAGCUUUAACCUUAAUCAGUACCUAGCGCCCGUAUUCACAAACGAUGCUUGCUUAAGUGAAGCAGCAAAUCGAACGCAUAGCGUUGAAUAGAGCUCUAUGAUUAGUUCGUUUGUCACCCUGUGCGUCCACGCGCACUGUGAGACCUCAUAGUAAUGUUUGUGAAUACGGGUGUAAGUAAAGUAUGGGAGCGGCACUGAAGGGUGUUUUUGUAACGUCAAACGUCAGCGAGACUUCAGAUCUCCUUCAGAUUUAUAUGACUUACUUGACUUAUGGUCCUAUGUCCCCUAGAUGGGGCAGAGGGCGUCCACAACAGUCCUCCAUCGCGUUCGGUCUUGAGCUAUGUGUUUGAUCUCGCUCCAAGUCUUGCCGAUCUUCUUCGCCUCGUCUGCCACAGUGCGCCGCCAAGUUUGCUUGGGGCGACCACGCUUGCGUUUUCCUUGGGGGUUCCAAUCCGAGCCUGCUUGGGGAUGUGAUCGGGAUCCCUUCGGAGAGUGUGGCCAAUCCAGUUCCACUUGCGGCGCAGAUUUUUAUGCUCUGUCAUAAUAAUUAAGUAUGUCAAUGUCACCCCUCCCGUGCCUCUCCCAUACCUCGGGCACUGACUGAGUUGACCUAUAACAAGUUUAAUAUCUGCGCAAACUUUACGACAAGCAUUGGCAGUAAAAUAUUCUAGUUAAAAUUUUAAUACUGUUCACUUAAAACUUUUCUGUAUAUUGAAACAAAUCCUAGCAUUCGGGUUUCGCAGAAAUAAAUAAUAAGGCUUUAGGUCAUCGUUUCUCAAU